AUGGCACCGCGUCGCAUGCCGAGCAUGUGCCGGCGGAAGAUCGCCAUCAAGCGCAUCGAAAGCGAGGAGGACCGCCAGGUCUGCUUCUCCAAGCGCCAGAUUGGGCUGUUCAAGAAGGUCACCGAGCUUUCUGUGCUCUGCGGCAUGCAGGUGGCUGUCGUCGUCUUCUCGCCUGCCGGUAAUGCUUUAUCGCUCGGCCACCCUUCCGUCGACUCCGUCGUCGACCGCCUCCUCGCCACCUUCACCGCCAACACCAAAGCUGCUCCCGGAGGUUCUGGAGGUUCGUCUACUGCUCCAGCUGGUUUUGGUGUUGGUUCUGUUCCUCUCUCUGUGGCGGCGGCAAUGGAGGCAAUGGCGGCGACUGUGAGGAUGGAGCUGGGGACUAAGGGGGAGAAGACGCUGCUGGAACUGAACAAGGUUUACGGGGAGCUGAGGGCCAUGAUGGAGAAGGAGAAGCUUCGCAAGGAGCGUGCGGAGGAGGAGAUAAAGAAGCAGCUAGCGGAGGGAAGGUCCCCUGCUGCCGCAUGGCUCGAUGCUGAUCUGGCUACCCUCUCAGAGAGCGACCUCGUGGAGUUCCAGGCGGCACUGAUGGAGAUGAAGGACGUCGUCCAGCUCCACCCCGAUGAAGUGCUUCGCGAGGCCCGCACCGCCGCCACCACUCGCAUCAUGAUGCAGCUGGAUCUGAUGGGCCAGCUUCCUCCGCCGCCACCGGGAAUGGGCCACCUUCCUCCACCUCCGCUAGGAAUGGGCCAGCUUCCACCGCCGCCAAGAAUGGGGUUCCCAGAGACCAUGGACCUUCCUCCGCCAGACUUCGGCCCCGGCGGCGGCUUCUUCAGCCCACCGCCCUGCUGA